AUGAUAUGGUUGUUGGAACGCCAUCGUUCUCGCGACUAUGCGGCUGAAUCGCCAGGCUGUGAUCGCCGCGAACGAGAUUUGAUCUAUCGAGAUCGGGAUCGCUCACCUGCAGAUUAUCGAGACAUUCAGCGUAAUCGAUACUCUCAUCGGAUUGACCGAGAAACAGAAAAUCGGAGCCGAAAUACGCAAAUGACUAGGCUAGGAUGUGAAGUGGCUGGUAAUGAAGAGGAAGAGGGAACUUUGUCUUAUGGCAGGCAUCGAGAACGUUUGGUGUCUGGUUCACGCCGGCAGAUUCGAGACUCCUUUGCUGACCAGCGCAGUUUGAGGCAUACCGGUCGGAGAGGUGAUGCUCGUCCAAGAAGUACCAUCAAGCCAAUGGCCUGGGCCCAAUCUGAGGAAGAGGAAGCGAUUGAAACGGCUUCUGCUGCGGCCAUUUCCAUGAGAAAACGGGUAACUGAUACAUCGCCUCAUCAUUCGCGCAUUACGGACCUUGGCUCAGAUUCUGUUAAUCCAGAGGGACCAGAACAUUCUGAACUACUUAAUAAACGAAGUGGUGAGUUUUAA